AUGAGCAAUCUGGAAAGCAAAGAAAGUCGAGACACUGUGGAGCACUUUUUCGCAGCACUGAACAGAAUGGAAGACUUGAACGAACUUGUGUUGGAGGACACAGGGAGGAAUUCGAUGCUAGAACAGAGUGGAAAGGAACUGGAGUUUGUAAGGAGAGUGAAGGACUUGAGCAAGAGAGGCUUGGAUGUGAAAGUUAGGUUUGGGAAAGAACGGGUGGUGUGA